GGCGCUGUCCCUGUCUGUGUCCGAGUCGGUGUCGGUGUCGGGGUGGUUGAGGCUGAAGGCGAGUGUCCGUCCGCUGCCACUCAGUCCCUGCUCUCCCGUCGCCGCCGCAGCAUCACCACGACGACCAUGAGGCAAGGCCGCGCCUGGCGGCGGGACUAGGGGAUGCCGUUUGUCCAGCUGGAGGAGCCCUGGCAAAAAAUGGAAGUGUCGAGUGAGAGUGAGGAUGAAGGAAGGUUCAAAGAGAUUGCAAUCACGCAUCAUGUGAAGGAAGGUUGUGAGAAGGCUGAUCCCACACAAUUUGAAUUGCUGAAGGUCCUUGGACAGGGAUCUUUUGGAAAGGUCUUUCUGGUUCGAAAGGCAGUUGGCCCUGAUGCUGGACAGUUGUAUGCAAUGAAAGUACUGAAGAAAGCAACGCUAAAAGUACGGGAUCGUGUCCGAACAAAAAUGGAACGAGAUAUUCUAGUCGAAGUAAAUCAUCCAUUUAUUGUUAAAUUACACUAUGCCUUUCAGACUGAAGGGAAACUUUAUCUAAUUUUGGAUUUCCUCAGGGGAGGGGAUGUAUUUACACGCUUAUCCAAAGAGGUCAUGUUUACUGAGGAAGAUGUCAAGUUCUACCUCGCAGAAUUGGCCCUUGCUUUGGAUCAUCUACACAGUUUGGGAAUAGUGUACAGAGAUCUAAAGCCAGAAAACAUUUUACUUGAUGAAGGAGGACAUAUCAAGUUAACAGAUUUUGGGCUAAGUAAAGAGUCAGUUGACCAAGAAAAGAAGGCAUACUCAUUCUGUGGUACUGUGGAGUACAUGGCACCAGAAGUAGUAAACAGGCGAGGCCACACACAGAGUGCAGAUUGGUGGUCAUUUGGUGUGCUUAUGUUUGAAAUGCUUACUGGUACGUUGCCAUUUCAAGGCAAAGACCGGAAUGAAACCAUGAACAUGAUACUGAAGGCUAAAUUAGGAAUGCCUCAGUUUCUUAGUCCAGAAGCUCAAGGUCUUCUCAGAAUGUUAUUCAAACGAAAUCCUGGGAACAGACUAGGAGCUGGCCCUGAUGGAGUUGAAGAGAUCAAAAGGCAUCCAUUCUUUGCUACCAUUGACUGGAAUAAACUGGUCAGAAAGGAAAUUCAGCCUCCAUUUAAACCUGCUUCUGGGAAGCCAGAAGAUACUUUCUGCUUUGACCCAGAAUUUACAGCUAAAACACCAAAAGACUCACCUGGGAUUCCACCAAGUGCUAAUGCACAUCAGCUCUUCAGAGGAUUUAGUUUUGUUGCAACAAAUGUAGUGGAAGAAGUUCAAAGCACCCCUCUGUCAGCGGUACACCCUGUUAUGCAGCUUCAAGGGAAUAGUAUGCAGUUCACUGAUGGGUAUGAACUCAAAGAGGAUAUCGGCGUUGGCUCCUACUCAAUCUGCAAGCGUUGCAUACAUAGGGUUACCAAUCUGGAGUUUGCUGUCAAGAUAAUUGAUAAGAGCAAACGAGACCCAUCAGAGGAGAUUGAAAUAUUAAUGCGCUAUGGACAGCAUCCAAACAUUAUUACUUUGAAAGAUGUAUAUGAUGAUGGGCGAUAUGUUUACCUUGUCACUGAACUGUUGAAAGGGGGUGAGCUGCUUGAUAGGCUCCUUCGGCAGAAGUACUUUUCUGAACGAGAAGCCAGUGCUGUGCUAUUCACAAUAACAAAGACAGUGGAAUAUCUUCACUGCCAAGGGGUUGUACAUAGAGAUUUAAAACCAAGUAAUAUUUUGUAUAUGGAUGAAUCUGGCGAUCCUGAAUCUAUCCGGAUAUGUGAUUUUGGCUUUGCAAAACAGCUGCGUGGUGAGAAUGGCCUGCUUAUGACCCCAUGCUACACAGCCAACUUUGUGGCUCCUGAGGUUCUAAUGCGUCAGGGUUAUGAUGCUGCAUGUGACAUUUGGAGCUUAGGAGUGCUCCUAUAUACAAUGUUAGCUGGUUAUACUCCUUUUGCCAAUGGACCAAACGAUACUGCAGAAGAAAUUUUAUUGCGAAUAGGGAGUGGCAAAUUCUCACUGAGCGGAGGCAACUGGGAUACAGUUUCGGAUGCAGCUAAGGAUUUAUUGUCCAGUAUGCUUCACGUUGAUCCCCAUCAACGAUUCACAGCUGAGCAAGUGCUCAAGCAUCCCUGGAUUGCUUGCCGCGAUCAGUUACCACAUUUCCAACUGAACCGACAGGAUGCACCUCAUCUGGUAAAAGGUGCCAUGGCUGCUACAUAUUCUGCCCUCAACCACAAAACGCUUCGUCCAGUGUUGGAGCCAGUUGCUGCUUCAAGUUUAGCCCAACGCAGAGUAAUGAAAAAACUUACCUCAACGGACUUAUGAAAUAUAUAUGAACCAACAAUAUAUGACUUUUUUUCAAUUGACUUGAAUGGCAGCAAGCUCUUGGAGGUUGCACUAACUGAAGAGUUUUUGCUUUUCCUUAUUUUUUACUUUGAGUACCGGGAGAUCAAGCUACCAAAUCAGGAUGUGAGGGAUUGGGUUCACUGGAAGAUGGAAUGAUAAGAUUUUAUCGUGACAAAGAAGUUAUGGAAGAUAAUUCAUCUCAAAAAGUACAGACGGGUUGACAUCAUGAAAGUUAAAUGCAUUUUUUUGAAAAGGGCAUAUUAAUUUUAAUCAAGGUGGCAAUGGGAUCAGCAAAGUACACAAGUGGGUUGCUGGUGGCCACAUUAAGAGCUAUUUUGCUAUAUUAUGUGAUCUUGUUCUGAGACAUUGUUUAAUUAAACUUUGUAUUUUAUUUAUUUACUUUCAUUUUCAAGAAAUACAGUACUUCUAGAUAAA